UUUUGCUGUCUCCAUCAAUAUGCUGGAAUAUGCUAUAUGCUGGGAAGACGGAAGAACUAUGCAGUUCAAAUGGGACCACGUGGUUUGCGUUCUGUGAACACGAAAGAUUUGCAAAGAUUGGGAAAACACUUAAUUUGUGGAAAGCAAAACACUUCGACUGUUGACAAGCAUUCGGACCCGUCCUGAUGGGAGCAACCGACUUCGAGGGAACAAACAUUUCUGACCAGUUUUAAAGACGAAGCCUCAAGGGAACAUUAGUUUCUGCAACAUAGGAAAAUGAUUACUGAACUUAAUAUUCACUACAUCCUGAGAGACGAAUAAAUUUAAUUCACGUUUUGUCACAAAAGCAGAGAUAAUGUUGCCCGCUGAUGAUUUAGAUGCGAGAGUCAUCUGGGGAAAACAUUUUUAGAUUUAGAAUCGAAUUAUUUAACGAUUUUAGAUAUAAACUUUGUUGAAAUGACAUUAUAGUAUACUUUGAUAUAUAUUCAGAUGUCCCUGUGGAAUUCUAUAAGAAAAAGUACACCAUAAAUAUGUAUGUAACAUAAAAAAAUUCUUAUGCUAAUGUCACAAAGCCAGUUUUCUUUGUUCAGAAUGAAAUUUCGCAAUAACAGGAGACAAUGAAUUGUUGGACUUACUCAUGAAUCGUGACUUUCUGAGCUGAGAAGAGACUGGACUAGGCAACGGAGGUUUGGAAUUCGAAAAAAGAAUGUAAAUGUACAUGUGCAAGAAUUUUUCUACCUGUUGCCGACGGAUUAUUUGCAUUCAGUCCAAGUUAAGACAUUGAUUGUGCGUUAUAAUCAGGGGAAAAUGCUCCUUAAAUUAUCAUUCUAACAUGUUCCUUCGGAAUGAGCCACAAAGAAAGAAAGGAAAUGAGAUGAACAUUCUUCAGGCAUGUUAACGUCGAAUGAAGUAUGUAUAUUUAAAAUUUACAUGAAAAGUAUUAAAUGUGAGGAGGUGUAUUUUAAUUUGAACAUAUAUUCUAUUCUCUUUACCCUAAUGUGACCUAUUUGUAUAAACAUUUUGGUACCAUGCGUCAUAAAAAGAAGGAAUACUUUUAUGAAUUGAUAUUAUUUGAGUAGGUCUGCUUAAAUUAAUGUAUGUUAUAUUAUUUAAUUAACCGUAAUUAUCAGUUAUUAGUUCGGAGAAAAAUAAAACGAUGAAUAUGAAGUAAGACAAAGGAAAUUAAGAUGUUAACUUUCACAAGAAUAAAUUCCUAUCACUUGUGAUAUUACAAGUCUAACUGACUAUUUUAAAUCAUUUUCGGAACAAGUGUAUCUGUUGCCACUUGGAGACAGAUGAACAGACAUACAAGUUUCUCAGUGAAUAACCGCUCGAGCAUGUGAAACACCAGCUAAAGCCCGCUCAUAAAACUUCGAGUUUUUUCCGCGCGUGUGUGUGUUCUUUUGACAUUCGUGGAUAAUCACUGGUUCGUGACCCUGCACCUGUCGCAAGAAACCCUCCCCGAUUGAGAGAAGUAACUCCCCCUUUUGGAAGAGCACCAUGAGGGGGUGUAAGGAGGAUGUACGUCAUCUUCCCCGCUGAAGAGGUCGUAGAAUUAACGCUUAGAGGAAUAGUGUCCCAUCAGCGCCUACAGCACCAUCUGCUGCGGCAGCGCUACCAGCAACAAAUUCAGGAAGGCUCCAACAAUUUCGCCCUACACCGUCGGGAACUUGGAGAAUCACAGGACCUCCAGCACGUCCAUCCUUCAAGACAAGGAACCAUCUGCAAUCGAAAGAAACAGGAGCAACCGAAGCAACAGAAGAGGAAGAGCCAGUCUAAAGCAACUAAGAAAACCAAACAGAAUCAUAAGAAAAGCGAAGCGCAACAGGGGACUCAAGAAGACAACAAUAUGGCUACCGGAGGUGACAUCACGCUACGAGACGUCACGCAUCCUUCGCUGAAUGAAGCACUGAAGGCUCACAAUGCCGUCACAUUCAAGCUCGUCCGAACCGUUUCGGACUUCACCCAGCAGCUGUCGCACGUGUACGAACACCAUGCGGAAGAACUGCAGCUCCUCGUCUCCAACUUUCGGAAGAAGAACGCCGAACUGCGAAAAGAAAGGCCGGCAUGUCCCAGUUCACUGUUCCACACGUGGGAGACACUUCUGCAGGAAGUCGAGAUCGAUUCUCAGGCACACAGCGAUAUAGCUUCCAUCCUUGGUCGCCAGGUGUCUCGCCCGCUGCUGGAACGCUCCUUCCAUCGCAAGAUUCAGUCCAGGAAAGUAUUCACACAUCGGGAGAGUUACGAGACGAUUCUUACCAAGACAGAGGACAAGUUAGCCAAGUGCCGGCAGGACUACAAGAACGCCUAUCUGUCUUAUCUGCUGGCACCCACGACCACUUCCUUGUCCAGCUACUUCGAUGCCCACAACGCAUACGUGCAGCAGCUGCAGGCGACCAACGGCAUGCUAGACCAGUACAAUCAAGAAACUCUUCCUCAGCUGUUACAGGAACUGGAAGAGGUUUACUCUGACCUGUGCUCUACACUAUCAGAGUCAGUGCUUCAAGGAGCGGAGAUCAUCUCCACAAGGGCGCUCGAGCAAUCCCGGCGCUAUGACGGCCUGUCGUCGCAAUGCCGCGCCGUAGCAGGCCCCACGGACCUGGCCCACUUUGUCCGGUCUCUACCCACCCCACAACACAACCCCCAUCACCCAUCCCUGCACCAUAAUUUUGUAGCGCCCCUACCUCCUCCACCCCCAGAGUCACCCGACGGAACAGGAGGACCCUCGGGCGAGCCCCUAGCCAACGAUACCUCAUUGAAUCCACCCCCUCCGCUGAAGAAUGAGAUAGUCGUGGAUCGCUUGGCGUCAGUCCCGGUUCGCGGCCGGUACGAGUCACUGAAGAAGGAAGCUACAGAACUUGAGAGCCAGAUCAAGCAACUCCACGACGCCCUGGACACGCUGCUAAGAAUUCAGCAAAGGAGCUUGGAAUCGAGCCUAUAUAACAAGGCGAAUGAGCUACAAGAAGACAUCAGCAUGAAGAGGUUCGAUCUCCGAGUAGCGCAGAUUCACCUUGGAGCAGUCAGGGCUCAGAAAGAAUUAUUUGCUUCCAAAGUCGAGAGCGCGUCCGACUCCAACCGCGAACGUAAAAUGUCGUCCUCUUCAACCGGAAGUAUGAAAAAUAAAUGGUUGAAAGCGUUCAAGAGUCUGAAGACUACGAGUACUCCAAGCAACGGCGCAGUCAACAAAGAAUGUGAAAAAAAGAAUCAAAUGUACCACGCAGUCUCCACCAUCAUGACAAUGAGGAAAAAUGGCAAAGAUCGUGAAGGGGCAUUUCCGCCAGGCAGCUUGGAGGCUGCCGCACAUACGUUCCAGGAAUACACCUACAAGAAGAUUACGCCCUGUGACGUCUGCUCACAGGUGCUGCGAGGUCAUACACGGCAAGGGCUCAAGUGUCGAGUGUGUAAGCUUAAUGUUCACGUGGACUGCCAAGAGAAAGUGGGGCGCUGCCAACCAAAAUCUAGACUUCUGCGUAGACAGAAGUCCACUUCGGAGAUAGAGACGCGCAUUCAGGAGCCUCUGCCUGAUGAAGAGAAACCUCAAGAGAUAGACCUUAUCUACCAAGUCCUGAAACAAGCCGGUGAAAUAAGCAGUAGCCGAAGUGGCACCGCUCGUGCCUUGACACCAGCACCACCUGCCGCGGCGUCUGUGAAGCAGUCGGAACAGCCCAACGGAACUGGUUCUACGGCGCCCAAUGUUGGCUCCUUCCACAGACGUUCUGGCCCUACCCAGCAACAGCCAUUGUUGUUAAGAGGAGCUGCUAGUUCUCUAACUGUGGGCCCCGUACCUCAUGCAUCCAUUUCAGAUAUCAGUGCAGGUGGGGGAGCUAACUCGAUGCUCCCGGACACACAUCGCCGCCGGAGAAUGUUUGCUGGGAUGAAGAGUUUGUCUGUAUUCGGGGGGCGGAACCAUCGUGGCGAGUCGCCCACUUCGAGAUCCAUCUCCCUACCAGAGACCCCUCACAGCCCAAGGAAGCAGAAGUUAAAUCUUCGCAUGAAAAGUUUGUCACUAGAUUCCCCCGAGUCAACAGAACAUGUGCAGAGGCGUCGCCAUGCAGCGCAGGCGCAGUCAACUUGUGUCGACCUGCAGAGCAGCCAGUCCUCAUCGUCUCGUAUCCAGUGUCCACUGGACUCUUCUGUUCGUUCUGGUCCAUUAGGACGGCGAACUCUGAUUAUCCAUAACGGCCGUUGCUGGUCAACACCAUCAAGUCCUGUGCACAACCGCCGACUGCUCUCAGCACGAAACAUGCGAAUGAGCUCUGUGGAACUGCCUGAUGACAAUGAGAAGUCGCUGUCGUCUGCUAGUACGUCGCCCUGUCCUUCGCCAAAACCGCAUCGGUUGUUACCAACCAAUUUAUACGUAGUGCUAUAUAACUUCAAAUCAAGGCAUCCAGAUGAAUUAGAUCUAAAGGCUGGAUACAAAGUAACAGUUAUUGACACAUCUGAUCAAGAUUGGUGGAAGGGAAAAUGUCUGGGUCGUAUUGGCUAUUUCCCUUCCAAAUAUGUUAUUAAGUUGCAGCCUGGCGAGAGACCACUGCAAGUAACUCAUAACUUGCAGGUCUCAGAUGGUGAUAAUGGCCUCAUGUUGUUGAGAGAUCAGAUUGUGAUACAAGUGGGAGAGGAGUUGGAUGGCAUGGUGAUGAUUCGCAGUGGUGACAGUCGGCAGGGAGUAUGUCCUCUCAAAUUCCUUCAAGAAGUGUGACAUAAAACCUUGAC